AUGAGCGGCUUGAUUGCAUUCCUGCAGUCAGAGCUGUUGUCGCUAUCAAGCGAAGCGAAGAGAAAGCAUCCAGAGAUCAAAGAGGCUGCUGAACGUACCAGCGCCGUCCUGAGAACGUUCAAGGAACGACCAGGACAUAAUGUUGCAGAGGAUCUGACUAAAACAGACGAAGUAUUACGACCAUUCCUUUUGGCUUGCGAAACCAAGCAAGUUAAACUGGUUGUUAUUGCCAUAGGCUGUAUACAAAAACUUAUCACCUUUAAUGCUAUACCAGAGCAAUCAGUCAAUGCUAUUCUUAAGACUCUCAACGAUAUCAUGAUACAUGGUGUUGAAAUUCAGCUCAAGAUACUGCAAACUAUUCUGCCGCUACUGACCAACUAUCACACUAUACAUGGUGAUGUUUUGGCGGAGGCACUCUUGAUCUGUUUCAGACUACAGGAUUCCAAGGUGGUUGUGGUUAACAAUACAGCUGCUGCCACGUUGAGACAGCUGGUCAUCCACGUAUUUGAUAAAGUGGCUAAAGAAGACGCAAUUUUGGCGAAAGGCAACGAACACCAUGAUCUUCAGCCUAGAAAAAUCACGAUCUCACCAGAGGAGACUAUAGAAUUGUAUCCAUCUGCAGCCGAUGCAUACUAUCUAUUCCAAGAUUUGUGUCUAUUGACUAACGGAGAGGCAACCCAAUUUUUGCGUCUACAUCACCUAUCUCGAACAUUCGGAUUGGAACUUAUAGAAAGCGUCCUCACAAAUCACAUCCAAUUGUUCAAAUCUCACCCUGAUAUGACCGUCUUGUUGAAGGAAAAAGUGUGCCCUCUCAUCAUCAAAACGUUUUCCGACAAGCAUGACUUCCCGCAAACGAUGCGCUUGACGCGUGUCAUUUAUAUUCUAGUCAAGCAGUUCAGCAACAUACUGAUAAUGGAAACCGAAAUUUUUCUAUCCAUGUUUGUCAAGGUUUUGGAACCCGACCAUCCAUUAUGGCAGAGAGUGCUAGCAAUGGAAAUCUUUCGCGGAGUAUGUGCCGACCCUACGCUCAUUCGGUCCAUCUAUAACUGGUAUGAUAAGCAAGCAUCGUCAACGGAUAUCUUCCAAGACAUGAUAACUGGCUUUGGAAGACUUGCUGCCGAAAAACCUCAACUGUUGGGUGUCAACCAAGGUGGUCGGGAAAGUCUUGAUAGUGGCCAGGGCAGCUACCUUCUCCACUCGUCUUCUCAAAACCUAUCUGCUGCAGAGCCCGGUCUAAGUACUUCAGCGUCAACAAUGAGAAUCCAAUGCAUCGAUCAAUUGGACAAAGCAGACCCUCCUAGUAUUCCCGAAACGUAUCUGUAUUAUUUAGCUCUUGUAUGCUUGAAUACCUUAGCCGACGGAAUGGCUGGCUACGUACUGCCAAUAUUUGCUAGCGGUAGUCAUAAGUUGAAUGGAUCGAUGUCGGCUUCCACAGCAGAUGACCAUCAUCUAGGAAAGGAUACAGUAUCGCCACAGAAGGACGACCCUGAUGUUGCAGAGAAUAUAGUGCUUGUAACAGAUAUGGCAACAGUUGCAUGGCCCGGUCUUUUGGCCGCCAUGUCAUUUUAUCUCUCAGCCAAAUUGGACGAAGACCUGUUUCAAGCCGUCAUGCGAUCUUAUCAAAACUUUACCAACGUUUGCGGUGCGUUGAAGCUCACAGUCCCACGAGACGCUUUCCUUACCAAUCUUUGCCGCAAUGCUGUGCCGACAAUCCCAAUGAUAUCCACCUCCAGAAGUGAAACCAACAUAGCUGGUAGUAGCAGUAGCCUUAGUACACUGGCAUCCGGAGCUCUAUCUUACUCAGAACUAUCUGCGCAACAACAGCAAAUGCUUGCGAAUAUUGCUCUUAGCGAGAAGAACUUGUAUUGUCUUCGAGUACUUCUGAAUGUUGCCAUGUUUCUGGGUAAUAUGCUAGACCAGUCAUGGUACUUGGUACUUGAAACCCUGCAACAGGCCGACUUUCUUCUAUUUAGUCGACCGUCUCAAAAGGGAUCUUCUUCAAGCAACCCUCCAACUCCUGUACGGCGCCAAACAUCAACUCUUACCCUCAGCACCGCUACACAUUUGUCACCUCAACAAGCAGCUCAAGCUGCUGCUAAUGCCACAGCAGAUGCUGAUCAUAUUACCUUGAUAUCUGCUUCAAUGGGUCGUAUCUUUGACAACACAAAAUAUCUGGAUGACGGAUCUUUUGUUGCAUUCACAAAAGCCCUAUGCCGAAUGAGUUCAGAGGCCAGUGGCGCUCCAUUUUCUGAUACAGAUGCCACCCUUGGUUCUAAUAGCUCGAAAGCUAAACUGUUCAAUAACAAAUCCUUUGCCGUCGAAAAGCUUCGCUUUAUUGCUACCCUUAACAUGGAGCGAUUGAUCAAUCCAAAAACAAGCUUCACUGCUUGGGAUAUUAUCGUUAAGCACCUAAUCACGACUGCUAACUAUCCGUUCACACCUUCUGCCAUUCGAGCCCAGACUUGUGAAUCCAUCUCUGAUAUUGUGAUUUCUGCUAUGAACGUUGAGCUGUCCACAAACAAAGAUGACCAUGAGAAAGUUCAACUACGGCUUUUGUCGGCACUUAGUCAAUGCAUCAUCGACGCUUCCAAUCCUCCCGUUACCGUAGACACUGGUGAUCAAACAGGUGGCUCUGCCUACAUGUCUAGAACUAGCUCAGAAGCUCAAAAAAUGGCGCUUGAAACUUUGAAUCGUUUGUUACAAAUGUCUGGCCAUUCUCUCAGCAAUGGUUGGUCUUUGGUAUUCGACAUGCUGACUUGUAUAGCAACUGGUGCGAAUAUCUUGAACGAAACCGGUAACGAUGAUGGCACACUAGCUGUUCCCUCUGAUGCUGACAGUCCAAAGCUACGACGGGCCAGCUCCGACAUGAUGGCUUCAACUGGCAGUAAGGCGUCUAUGGGUCUUGUCAGGAUAGCCUUUUCAUCGCUACAGUUGAUUUGCACAGACUUCCUGUCCUUGCUCAACCCUGAUUCUCUUCGACAAUGUAUCGCAACUCUUGGUUGUUUCAGCACACAGAAAGACGACUUGAACAUUAGUUUGACUGCCGUUGGAUUGUUGUGGAAUGUUUCUGAUUUCAUUCUAACCAAGAAACAAGAGUUGGAGAAGUCUGGUGUCGGUGAAGAGGAAGCCUCAAAGAAUGUUACCACGGCUGAUUACAGCAUAGACAAAAAAAUUGAAGGAGAGGCUACACCCCGUCGCCUCAACAACUUGUGGAUGCUCUUACUUUUCCAGCUCUCCAAGGUGUGCAUAGACAGUCGACCUGAAGUCCGUAACGGAGCCAACCAAACACUGUUUAGAACCAUUGGCAUGAAUGGCGACUUGCUCAAUAUAUACACAUGGCACGCAUGCGUAUGGGAGAUCUUGUUUCCACUUCUCAAUGACGUCAAACUUGCUGCCAUUGAUGCUCGUAAUAUAGAAGAAAACCAGGCCGCAGCUGGACCAUCCGAUACAGAUAGAGAAUCCGUUGGAUUUAUGAUGCAUCACUCUCGCAACACAGCUGAAAAGCAAUGGGACGAAACCAAAGUGCUUGUUUUAUUGGGCACAUCCGGUAUCUUCCAUGACUUUUUGGAUAAGCUUACUGAACUAGAGGACUUUUCCAGCGCCUGGAUCCUUCUUCUGGCGCAUUUCGAGGACUCUACCUUGCGUUCCGGAGCAGAGGUCUCGCUCGCUAGCAUCAAGAGUUUGAAAAAUAUCACCACAUUGGCAGAAACGGAGAAGGAUACCUCUAAAAUGGAACUUUGGCAGAAAGCCUGGCAAUCAUGGGAACGCAUAGGUCUUGGUAUUGCCAAUGGAGAACAAACCAAUCACUCAGUGUCUAUUAGCACUAUCGCCGAUUCUAAGUCAUUGACCACUUCAUUAGAAGUGGAAAACUUGAAUCAGAUCUCUGAUAGCUUCACGCAGGAUACUUUGAUUACACUGGCCAACACUUUUACCGAUCUGUACCCUGCAAUCAAAUCCGAGUUUGGCUUGGAGGAAGUCCAGCGGCUUUUGAGAGUGCUCCGGGAACUGAUGAUCUACUCCAGUAGCCCUCAGUAUCGACCUGAUAUUGAUCAUCUGUCACCACUUCAAGAAGCUAUUUUAGAUGCAUUGUGCUCUAUCGACAUGACGGUCGAUGCAGUUGCUGCUAUUCUAAAUGACCUGGCCGACUACAUGUCCCUGGCGUUCCUUAGCCCGAAUCACGAUAGCCUUGAAAAGCUUGUUAGUGCGACUCCAAUACCGCCCAGCCAACGAAAGCAUUCCACGGUGACAUACAUUGCGCUUAACAAGAAGUGCACCAAGCUUGUUCUAGAUAUUUUCAAACGCUUUUCAAAUGAACUCGAGCUCUAUCAACAAGGUGUAUAUGUCAAAGUCAUUGCUGCCUUAGGAAUACCCAUGAAGCUCAAAUAUGAUUGCCCACCAUCAUUCAAGCAUUAUGAUGAAGAUACCCCAGCAUUGUGGAAGAGUGCCACGACUGCACUUUUGGAGAUUCUCGAUAUUGGGCUACCCAAGGUGCGAGAGUUUGAAUCAGAUAUUCCAUUGCAAGAGUACGAAAGUACAUGGAGGGCCGUUGUAGAAGUAUUAGAGGGCAGUCUGCUAUCACAAAGCUCGCCACCAUCCACAAUGUCCAUUGAAGAGUUGGAUAUCGAUGAACACUUUGACAUCAAAUUGCUCACCGCUGUUGAAAACAAUAUUGUCUUGCAAAUCGGACAUGCUAAAGUGCCCACUGAAUUGAUUCGCAAACUCAUCGAUGUGAUUAAGGAGGGAUCCAGACUCUAUUACGUUGAUGAGCAAGCCAAUGAUAGUACCGAUGACAAGCCAGGGGACAUGACUUCAAUGAAUCGAUCUAGCGACCUUCUUGCAACAGUCGGUACCAUUGUACCUGUGAUGAAAGAGACUUUUGCAUAUGCUGCGCUUCGUUGCCUCUUUUCUCUGUGCUCUAGCGAUAAACAAGAUCAAUCGGAAGUUCGUCAGCGUAUUGCAGAAGUAUCUGCUCCGGUGCUAUUAGACCGCUGCGAAGUGGUCUUGCGAAACUACAUGGCAGAUCAGCCACUUCUUGGACGAUGCCCGUUUCCAAGAGUCAGAAAUGAGGAAACUCUCUUCAUACUUAGACAACUACUAUUCCUCGAAAUGCGCCCCAACUUAUUGAACCAGGAAGGCGAUGAUGACAUCAAGAAGCUUUUACUGGGAUCUUCGCGGGCCCAGAUAUUCUAUCUUUACCCAACACUAUGUAAAACCAUGGUAUCGCAAGACGCUGCCGUCGUUGCCUUAAUUGGAGAAUUGCUAGAGGUGGCAGGGCAAGCUAUGGGUUUAUGCCCAAAAGACGAUAACAAAUAA